CUGGUCAUCGCAAACGAGCAAGAUGAGCCCGACGGAAGAAGAAAAGAAGCAGCAGGCCGACGCGGGCUCCGAUGGCGAGGAAGAGACGCCGCAGGAGCAGGUGAAGAGCAAGAAGGAUGAGAGUAACGCCAUGGAGAAGCUCACGGACCUCGUUGAGGAGAAGCAGAUGGACGAAAACAAGAUGAAGGCGGCUUUCCAGGCGCUGCACAAACAGGAAGAGGCGGACAAGGAGGCCGAGCGCCUUCUGGAGAAGAAACUAGCGGCCGUCAAGGUCAGCAAGGAAGAUGUGGCGCUAGUGGCGCAGGAAAUGGAGAUCUCCACGCAACAGGCGGACCGCAAGCUGCGCGAGGUCGACGGAGACGUCGUCAAGUGCCUCAGUGCGCUAAUCUCCGCUUGA